AUGCAAAUAGCAUUUGUGUUACUUUUCAAAGUCUUUAGAGUCUUCAGGAAAGCCCCUGCAGAGCCCCAGCCCGCCGCGGAGCCGUUGCGCAGCCCGCAGCGCCGAGAAGCAGCAGGAGAGCAGCAGCAGCAGCAGCAGAUGGCGCACGCAGCAGCGCUCUCGCCCCAGCCCAACACAGCCAAUCCAUCAGAAGACAAUUCAGAAGACUUAGGGGCCUCCUGCGGCUCCGCAGCAGCCGAUCCGGGGCCCUCUGCUACUGCUGCUGCUGCUGCUGCUGAAGCAGCAGCAGCAGCAGCUGCUGAAGCAGCAGCAGCUGCAGCCCCCCCGGAGAGCUCAGAGAGCCAGCGCCCUUCGUCUUCAGAAGAAGAGCCGGGGAGGCCCAAGGCCCCCCGCCAGCUUCGCUUCUUCAUUGGCGGAGUUUCUCAAGAAGUUGAAGAGCAGGAAGUGUGGGAGUUGUUUUCGAAGUUCGGGCGGGUGGCCGGCGUGCGGCUGGCCAAAGACUACGCCACGGGCCGCAAGCGGGGCUUCGGCUUCGUCACUAUGGAGGAAGAGGGGCCCCUCGAGGCCAUCUUGGGGGCCCCCCAUUUCUUGCGCGAAAAAAAAAUUGAAGUCCGCAGAGAAAACCAAAACACCCCCUCAGACUUCCCCCGAAAGGUCUUCCUGGGGGGGCUCCCUGCUGCGCUCGACAGCGAGCAGCUCGCCACGGAGCUGGCCCGCUUCGGGGAAGUGGAGACAGUGCAGAUCGCCACAGAUCUGAUGGGCCGCUCGCGCUGCUUCGGCUUCGCCACUUUCAAACAAGAAAAAGUGGCAGAGUCCCUCAUAGGCCAGGGCUCUUGCCGCAUUGGGGACCGGCUGGUGGAGAUAAGAAAGCCGGAGCCCAAGCGCUCACGGCCAAGACUCGACAGACGCGGCGGCCUGCCCGCCUGCUGCGACUUCUACCCCUACGGGCAGCAGCAGCAGCAGCAGCAGCAGCAGCAGCAGCAGUGGCCCCUCGCAGCAGCGCAAAGCGCGCAGCUGUAUGCCUACGGGGCCCCCUGCGCGGACUGGGCGAGUUGGCAGGGGUACUACGCCUACUGCGCUGCUGCUGCUGCUGCUGCUGCUGCUGGGGCCAGCAGCUACCAAGAGGCCCCAGCAACUCUUGCUGCUGCUGCUGCUGCUGCUGGCGCCAGCAGCUACCAAGAGGCCCCAGCAACUCUUGCUGCUGCUGCUGCUGCUUACGACUGGCAGCACUUCAACGCAGUGCCUCCGCAGCAGUACGCAGAGGCGGAGGGCGGCGGCGCGCUGCAGCAAAGCUGCAGCAGCUCAAGCCAGCAGCAGCAAACUGCGCAGCAGCAGCAGCAGCAGCAGCCCGGCGCUGCUGCUGCGUCGCCGGAGUCUUCCGAGCAGCGGGAGGCGAGCAGCGGGGCUGCUGCAGCAGCAGCGCCGACAGCAAGCGCCAGCUGCGCAGGCUCUGCUGCGGCCCUCCCCAGCGACCCCGCAGCAGCUGCUGCCGCCCAGAGGCCAAACUUCGAAAAUUAUUCCUUUUUAUCUUCUGAAAAAAGCCCAGCGAGCCGCGCAGGCGAGCGAAAAGCCGCAGCGGCCGGCAGCUCUGCUGCAGGCGCUUCGCCGGCGUAG